GGUUGAAAGGUGAUAACUAAAAGCAUGUAUUAAGUUUAGUUUAAUAUUUAAAUCUUCAUUUAUUGUAUAAAAAUGUCGGUGCCGGAUAAAGUGUUGAUGCGAAAAAUAAAAAAAAGAGAAAAGAGGAGACUUGAAAUAUUAAAGAAACGGGAAAUACAAGUACAAGAUGGUAAUUCAACGAAAGAUGAAACUGCAAUUGAGGAUUCAGAACGUAAUAUUACGAAAAAUAGUGAAGAAUUAUCAAAUUCAUCUGGACAAUAUUGGAUAGAAGAUGAACCGGUAAAAAACAAGAAAAGAAAAACGAAUAAUGAUAAGAAAUUAAAAGUAGAUGAUACAUCAAUAAAUGAAGCUGUAAAUUUGCCUGGAUCAGAAGUAGGAUUACAUGUAACGAAUGAUACAAGUUUCAAAGUGUUAGAGGAUACAGUAUGUGAAAAUACAUUAAAAGCAAUAAAAGACAUGGGUUUUGAAAACAUGACAGAGAUACAAGCAAAAUCUAUUCCACCGUUGUUACAAGGCAGAGAUCUGGUGGGAUCUGCAAAAACAGGAUCUGGGAAAACUUUAGCAUUUUUAAUACCAGCCAUUGAACUGAUAUAUAAACUAAAAUUUAUGCCCCGUAAUGGCACAGGUUGUAUAAUUAUAUCACCAACAAGAGAAUUGUCCAUGCAAACGUUUGGAGUUUUAAAGGAAUUGAUGAAAUAUCAUUUCCAUACCUAUGGUUUGCUAAUGGGUGGUGCUAACAGACAGACAGAAGCUCAGAAACUUGCGAAAGGAAUUAAUAUCAUUGUAACUACGCCUGGUAGAUUAUUAGAUCAUUUGCAAAAUACUCCAGACUUUUUGUACAAAAAUCUUCAGUGCCUCAUUAUCGAUGAAGCCGAUCGUAUUUUAGAUAUAGGGUUUGAAGAAGAACUUAAGCAAAUUAUUAAUAUCUUGCCAAAAAAGAGGCAAACAAUGUUAUUCAGUGCAACGCAAACGAAAAAAACAGAAACGUUAACGAGUUUGGCUUUGAAAAAAGAACCAGUUUAUGUUGGCGUUGACGAUGACAAAGAAAAAGCGACAGUGGAAGGUUUGGAGCAGGGUUACGUAGUUAGCCCCAGUGAGAAGAGAUUCCUGCUUCUAUUUACAUUUUUAAAAAAGAAUAGGAAGAAAAAAGUCAUGGUUUUCUUCAGUUCUUGCAUGUCGGUUAAAUAUCACCAUGAACUUUUGAACUACAUUGAUCUACCAGUAUUAAGUAUUCAUGGAAAACAAAAACAAACAAAAAGAACGACAACAUUUUUUCAAUUUUGCAACGCCUCGACUGGUAUACUACUCUGCACCGAUGUAGCUGCACGCGGUCUUGACAUACCAGCUGUUGAUUGGAUUGUGCAAUAUGAUCCACCAGAUGAUCCUAAGGAAUAUAUUCAUCGCGUUGGUAGAACAGCUCGAGGAGAAGGUAGCAGUGGUCAUGCCUUAUUAAUUUUAAGACCAGAGGAACUUGGCUUCCUUCGUUACCUUAAACAAGCUAGAGUACCAGUAAACGAGUUUGAUUUUUCAUGGAAUAAGAUUGCUGAUAUUCAAUUGCAGCUUGAAAAGUUGAUUUCGAAGAACUACUUUUUAAAUAUGUCGGCGAAAGAAGCAUUUAAAGCAUACGUAAGGGCAUAUGAUUCGCACCAUUUGAAACAAAUAUUCGACAUCGAAACUUUGGACUUGGCGAAAGUUGCGAAAUCUUUUGGAUUCGUCGUACCACCAGCCAUGGAUCUGAAAGUGGGACUGAGCAAAAAUUCAAGACCACGAAAAAGAUUAGGCGGAGGCGGUUAUGGAUAUUUCAAAAAUAUGAACAAUCCAAAUUUGGAGAAACAACCGCAGCGCAGAAUGAUAUUCCAACAAAAGAAAAAACAUCAAAAGGACAAUCGACAGUUUGUUAGAUAA